CUUUCGACAUUUUCGAUCCAUAGAAAUGGCUUCUUCGUCUUCGUCUCCGUCUCCGUCUCCCACGGCGAUGAAGGAAGGAGACAACUACCCAAACUGGACGGAGCUUCUUCCCGAGCUGACGUCAUCGAUUCUUCACCGCCUCGGCGCGAUCGAGAUAGUGGAAACCGCUCGGAAAGUAUGCAGAUCGUGGCGUCGCGUCUGCAAAGACCCUUCGAUGUGGCGCAAAAUCGACAUGCGUAACCUCGGAGACCAUGGGGACAUGUACUACGAGGAAUUGUGCCGUCACGCAGUUGAUCUUAGCCAAGGAGGGUUGGUUGAGAUCAAUCUCUGCCACUUCGCUACUGAUUCUCUCCUCAGCUACAUCGCCGAUAGGUUCCAGAAUCUCGUAAAUCGUGUUUCUUUUUUCGAUGGUUCAAGUAACCUGAGAAGCCUUAAAGUUGCACAAUGCUACGAAAUAACAAGCGAGGGACUUAUAGAAGCAGCUGCCAAGCUUCCGUUGCUUGAAGAACUCGAGGUCUCAUACUGCUCAUUAUCAGAAGAGUCUCUCAAAGUCAUAGGCAAGUCUUGUCCAAACCUCAAGACCUUGAAGAAAAACUGCGUCGGUUACAGGCGUCCUCGAGACGAGUCUGAUGACGUCGCUCUAGCAAUCGCCGAAACAAUGCCAGGACUUCGCCACCUCCAGCUCUUCGGGGACAGGUUAACAGACGUUGGUUUAAACGCCAUUCUCGACGGUUGUCCUAACCUGGAACAUCUUGAUCUGCGCCAGUGUUUCAACGUUGAACUUGUUGGGGAUCUGGAGAAGCGAUGUCUCGAGAGGGUCAAAGUUGUGAGACGCCCUAAUGACUCGGUUCAUGAUUACCCGUUCGAUGCAACGGUUAACGACGUGUCUUCAUCAGACGAUGGCGACCCUUAUGGUUUAUCUGAUGUUGAUAUAAUGUCGGAAGAUGAGUUUUACUAUGAUGACCUGUCAGAAGAUGCUAGUGACAACUCUGACUUUGACCCGUACGAAUAUUAUUAUUAGGAUUGGAUCUGUGUUUCUAAAUGCAAUGGAUUCGCAUGUAAUAAAACCUUUUAAAACUCCUUCACGACCUCCUCUAAUCAUGCUUGUAAUUUCGUUGGACUUGAGUAAUGUGUGUGACCUUUAGUAAUCUUUUUAUUAUGCA